ACUCGCGUUGUGCUUGUAAUGGCCGACUUCGCGAUUCACUUAUCAUUUCCCUAACUUCAUGAUUGUUGUGUACGGCAUUUGUUUGCGCUGAAGUUCGUCUCUAAUGGGUUUGUUAUUACCGUUGAUGCCGGUUGAAAGUGGUGAUUCUUUUUGAAAACAGAAUAACUACAAAUAAGUGGACUUUUUACAAGAAAGCUGACAUAUCAGGUCAGAUAAAAUGACUUUGUUCCGUGCUUUUAUAAAUUUAGAUCGUGUACAUUUUUUAUCGUUCGACGUCAGGUUAGCUCCUCUAUAAAAAAUUGUGUGCAAAUUUAAUUUAAAUUUAGACUAGAUUAAGAGACAUUAUUUGAAUACAAUUAAUAGAUAAAAGAUUAGAUAAUUUGUUAUAAAAAAGAGUUAUAAAAAAAAAGAUGGGAUCAUUGAAUCUAAUUUGCCCGAUGUGCUGUGGUGAAACAUUUAACGAUCCACAGUCAUUGAAGUACCACUUGCUCAGCAUGACGGACAAUUUGUAUUGUCCUGGAUGUUCGCAGCGUUCAGAUUCGGUAAUGGCGUUGAUACAGCACUUGGAUCGAUGUGGGCAAGAUUCAGAACAGGAAAUGCAUCAAGAUACUGAAGAAAACUUGGAACAAGAAACUUCAAAAGGAACUGUCACAGCUUCCGAAGUCUUAAUGGAUACAAAUAUUGAACAGAUUAAUCAAACUUUUCUAGCAACUGUAAAUAAUAAUGGUAUUAUGAUAGUAGGAGAAUCUGAAACUAUUCAAGUUGAUGAAAACGGAGACAUUAAAGUAAUAGAAAAGAUGGAUACAGACAAAUCACAAGUAGAUCAUAAUUCACUGGACUUCAAGAUGACUGAAAAAUUAGACAGUAUUGUUAAUGAAACAGAAGAAAAAUCUUCAACUUCAAAUUCAUUAGUGACUCCAUCAACAUCUGGCACAGAAGAUAAAUCGACAGAUAAAAAUAUAAUUACCAUUUUAUCCAGUGGUUCUGAACUUUUGGAUGGAGAUACUAGUGCCUUGAUAAAUAUGGACCAUAUAAAUGAUGUUGGUGAACUUGAUGAAACUGGAUUACUUCGCGUUAAACAGGAAAUCUGUGAGGUAAAAGUAGAGGAGCUAGAACCAGAAGCAGUUUAUAGUUGUACAAGUUGCGACAUGAGCUUCAAUUCUGUUUUGGAACAUAUAAAACAGUUUCAUGAUGGUCAAGAAGUAUUGCUUGAAAUGGCAGAACAAUUAGAUGAUUUAUCAUCCGUACCCACGACUUCUGUUCUCCCAGAUGAAUCUGAGAAUGAUAUUAAUACACAACCUCAAGCUAUGAAUACCCUUUGUACCGAAGAAUGUGUAGAUAGCGAAGGAAGAUUAUAUACUAGAAAAGUAGUUCAAAUAGAAAGAUUUUGGGAUAGAACUUCAAUUGCAAUACCACCGACACAAUCUACGAAGGCACCGAUGAUCGAGAAAUUUUUUUCUAACGUAGAAGGCGUGAAAGUGAGAGAGAAAAGAAUAGCUCCCACAUCGGUGAGAAUGUAUAGAUGUAAUCAGUGUCUACAGCAAUUCACAAAAUUAGCAAUUUUUCGAGAGCAUGCUUGUCUUCGUGGUAAUAAUCGCUGUGACAGUUGUGAUCAAACUUUUGCAACAUCAAAAGCAUUACAACUUCAUUCAAAGAUACAUGAAGGUGAACCUGAUUCUAAUCAACGAGUGUUUGUAUGCACUACAUGUGGUACUGAGUUUUGUUCGCACAAAAGCUUAAGAUUACAUUCUCGAAUGCAUGCGCCAGUGAGAGCACGACACGUUGAUGCACCAGAAGGAACUCUCGAUGCAACAUUUACAUGUCCUGAGUGUGGUAAAACAUUAUCAGAAUCAUAUAAAGAAGCACACAUGUCAUUGCAUACAGGUGAUUCCGUAACCUGUACAGUUUGUAAUAGAAAGUUCGAUUCUGCUGAUAGUUUGGCGAUGCACGCUGCAGUGCACACUGAAUUGAGUCAAUCACACUCUCCGACUCCUCCUAUAGGUGAAGUAAAUGAAUCCAUUGAAAAUCAAAAACCCUAUCAGUGCCAACACUGUGGUCGAAGAUUUACUAGACCACACGAGAAAGUAAAACACGAGCGUAUUCAUACUGGAGAGAAGCCCCAUGUCUGUGAAGUCUGUGGUAAAACCUUUCGUGUUUCAUACUGCUUGACAUUACAUAUGAGGACGCAUACAGGAGUAAGACCAUACGGAUGUCAACAUUGUGGCAAAAGGUUUAAAGCUUCCUCGGUGUAUAAUCAUCAUUUACUUACGCAUGGAGAAGAACGUGCUUAUACGUGUCCCUACUGUCCAAAAACUUUUAAAACUCGAGUUCAAUUAGCUGGUCAUAAGAAUAGCCAUACGAAGCCAUUCCGUUGUACUGAAUGCUCCAGACCUUUUGCAUCUCUAUAUGCAGCAAGAGCACACAUUCAAACACAUAAAAAAGAUAAUAAUUUAAAAUUUAGUUGUUAUAUCUGUGGCGCAUCUUAUGGUAGAGCAUUCGCUUUAAAAGAUCACUUGAAACAGCACGGUCAAGAUACAUUGAUUCCACCUGAGCCUGCACGAGAGGAAGAAGUACGCGAAGGUGAUAAUUUUUUGUUUACAGAAGAGGAUAUGGAAGAAGAUAAAUUAAUUAUACCAUCUUCUAUAACUGUCGCACAAUCUUCUGGAGCAGAAGAUACAGAUUAAAAUUGUGAUAUCUAGUCGGUAAAUUGUUUUAAUUUGUAGUUUGCUGUUUCAUGUGUGUUUAUUCGUUUGGGAACGAAACGAUUGGAUUCCGUCUAAUUUCAUAGUAUUUAAAUACUAUUAGCAUUAAUUUCUCUUUAAAAUUUUUGUAAAAUUUAUAAUUCUUACAAAAAUGUUAUAAUGUAAUAUAAUUUAUAACUCUGAUUUGUGAUAGUAAUGUAAUUUUAUGGUGUAAACAUAAUUUUGUUAAUGCCAUUGCAUUGAACUUUUACAUCAGUCUGUAAGCAAAUAACAAAAGAAAAUUAUUUUCAAAAGUUAUCGUAUUUAGUUUACAUCAAUUAAGGGCCUUGAAGAAUGUAUUUUUUACUAAAUUAAAUUCAUAAAUUUGUAUAUGCUGAUCGAGUUAAAUGGAAAUUUUAAAUUGGAUGAAUGAAUGAUUAUCAUAUUAAAUUGUUAUUUAGAUAAUCUAUUUAACUAUAUUGAAAGUAAAAAAAAUAUGUUAGUCAGACUGCUUCUAAUUUUAUGUAUAGAAUCCAAUGUUGUCAUCCUUUCUUCCUUAGACAAUUUUAUUUUUGUUGAAUGAUUUUUUCAAUCUUCCUCAUCGUUUGUUUCUUUGAGUGAGAGAAAAAUAUAUAUAUUUAGACAAUAAUAUACUAAAAUUUUCUAUCUUCUUUGUAGAUAAAAAUAUAUCAAGUAAUAUUUACUGUAUUUGCAUUAUAUAUUUUCAAACUCUAAAAUUCUUAGCUAUGGCCUUGUAAUAGAUCAGUGAUAUAUAUAACUAUUCUUUAAAAAAUAUCUAAUUUUAGAUUUGAAGCGGAACUGAGUACAAGAAAAAUUUAUUAUUGUUAUUUUACAAAAUACAAUAAUCCUAUCUAUAGUAUUGGUAAUUUCCUAUAUCUACAAAAUAUUGUUAACAAUUGCUAAAAAGAUUAUUUAUUUUGAAAAUAACUUUGAGAAGCAGUGGAUUGCACAAAGAAUAAAAGAAUAAAAGAAUAAUUCUAA